AUGUCCGCUCCCAAGCAAGUUUUCAUUGGAAUUAUCGGCGCCGGUGGCGUUGGCAAGGCCUUUCUCGACCAGCUCCAGUCCCUCGCUGCUCGGAAACCAUCACCGAAGCUUAACCUUGCCUACAUCGCCACGAGCCGCAAGGCCGUCUUCAAUGACGACUACUCUCCCAUUGAUAUCGGAAGCGCCGUAGAGACUCUUGGUUCAUCCUCCAAGGCUCCCCUCGCUCUGGCUCAGGUCGUCGAAUACCUGGCCAAGGCCCCUGCCAAGACUGUUCUUGUCGACAACACUAGCUCCCAGGACGUUGCUGAACUAUACCCUCUCGCUCUGAGCCGCGGGAUCAGCAUUGUUACACCCAACAAGAAGGCCUUUUCAGGCUCAUACAAGCUGUGGCAAGACAUUUUCUCUGCUGCCGAAUCUUCAGGCGCCCGAGUCUACCAUGAGUCCUCCGUCGGUGCUGGUCUUCCGGUCAUCUCCACCCUGAAGGACCUUGUCGAGACUGGCGACAAGGUUACCAAGAUUGAGGGUGUUUUCAGUGGCACCAUGUCCUUCCUCUUUAACUCCUUUGCGCCUACUGAGGGCCAAGGCGGUAAGUGGUCCGAGGAAGUUAAGAAGGCUAAGUCUCUGGGUUACACGGAGCCCGACCCCCGAGACGACCUCAACGGUCUCGAUGUUGCCCGCAAGUUGACUAUCCUGGCUCGCCUUGCCGGUAUCCCUGUUGAGUCUCCUACCUCUUUCCCUGUGCAGAGCCUUAUCCCUAAGGAGCUCGAGUUUGUUUCCAGCGGCGAUGAGUUCCUCGAGAAGCUCCCCGCUUUUGACUCACAGAUGGAGGAGACCAAGGCAGCUGCCGAGAAGGCUGGUAAGGUAGUCCGAUUUGUUGGAAGCAUUGACGCUGCUUCUAAGCAGGUCAAGGUUGGCCUGGAGCAGUUUGACCGCUCGCAUCCCAUUGCUGCCCUUAAGGGAAGUGAUAACAUUAUCAGCUUCUACACCGAGAGAUAUGGAAGCAACCCUCUCAUUGUCCAGGGUGCUGGUGCUGGAGGUGAUGUGACCGCCAUGGGAGUGACAGCUGAUCUGAUCAAGGUUUUGUCGCAAAUUGCUUAA